AACCGAGGACGUAUUACACAGGCUCCUGAAGUGAAAGUCGAAAACGCCGUCGUUUCUACGUCGCCGUCUUCUUCUUCGUCUCAAGCUCUCUCUGUCUAAUUGCGUUCGGCUUCGACCUCCCUCAUGAGCUCCUUCUGAUUCCGGCCAUCUCUCAGCUUCAGUCCUUUGCUUUGUGAUUUAUACAAAGAUGACAACAAUCGAAACCGAUCAGAAAACUCAAAAGUCUUCUCCUUCUGGUUCUGCUGCUACUACUACUCCCAAGCAGCCAUCAGCAUCGUUUAAAAGGUGGGGAAGGAGACACCCAUUUGUAAGAUAUGGACUUCCAAUGAUAUCUCUCACUGUAUUUGGAGCCCUCGGACUCGGCCAACUCCUUCAAGGCAGUAAGGACAUCGCAAAGGUAAAAGAUGACCAAGAAUGGGAGAUUAUAGAGACAAGAAAGGCGCUUUCGAGGACAGGACCUGUUGAUGCUUAUAAACCUAAAAACACAUCCAUCGAAGAUGAGCUCAAGGCUAUGCAAGAGAAGGUGGACAUUAACGCGUAUGAGUACAAGAAAAUUCCAAAGCUAAACGAAAGCCACUCGGAUUAAGUGAAGUCAGAAUUUGUAUCAGAAUUUUUCCUUCGUAGAUGUGUUUCAGUUCUAAAUGACUCUUCAGUCUUCACAUAAGCGCCCAAGUAAGAAAAACAAAGAGGGGUAGAGGUAAGAGGACCAUUUUUUUUCAUUUAACCGUAAUGAUGAGCCGGUUUUUAAAAUCCAGUUGUUGAUAAUACACCACUUCACUAAAAAACAUACUGUAAGUUCUUUUAUAAAGUUAGUGGUUGGUAACUUGGUAAUCAAUAAUCAUGACUCUCAUUUCGAUUCAAUCCAAGAUUUGAAAGUACC